AUGACUCAUUGGUUGACACUUUGUUUGCUGCCGCCAGGAGAUGCCGAUGAGGAUGGCGACAACCGAAUAUCAGAACAGGAGUUUGUGAAUGUGUUGUCAAAGCCGCAGGCUGUUACAGCUUUGACUAGCUUGGGAGUUGAUGUGGAGGCUGCCUUGGACUACGGCAAGCUGCUUUUUGAAGAUGGGGAGCCCCUUACCUUCGGUGACUUCAUGAAAGGUAUCCUGACACUACGUGGUUCCAAUCAGACCACAGUCAAGGACAUCGUAGACCUGCGGAAGUUCAUCGCCGAAGAGUUCUCAGAAACAGACCACAUACUCAGAGAGAUUUGUGGUUUCUUGACAGGACUGUUCCUGUGCUUCCUGUGUUUGGGGAGGGGGGUUGAUUGCAACUGGCUUUGGGCACUCUAG